AUGGUUAUCGCUCGAGCUUCUCGUGAAAUUGUCCGAUGGCUGGAAAGUCUUAACUUGACAUAUCCAGUAGUGAUCCCAAAAUGGGAUCUCACCAAUGGAUUUUCAUUCGCUGAAAUACUUCACGCUUAUUUUCCAAAUGAGAUUAAUAUGUUAUCUUUUAUAAAUGGACGUUCGCUUAAUUCUAGAAUGCUGAAUUGGGCAAUCAUCAAACAGUUUAUAGCUCGACAAAAACUACCAGUACCACUAGAGUUAAUUGACGCAACAAUGCAUUGUAAAGAAAGCGGAGCUGAACAACUUCUCGAGCGAACGUACCAAUUAUUGACAAAUAAGAAACCAUUUUUGGAUUCACAAUCAGUACGUGAUUCAGACUUCAGUGAUCAUCCAUAUCAACAAAAUCUGAAUUCUUAUGAAAGAUCACAUGCUUCAAAAGCAAUUAAAAACAAUUUGAAAAUAUCCGAAGUUCUCACAGAACCAAGUUAUGCUUAUCAAGAGAAGAGGAUUCAAGCUAUUCUUGAUCGUCAUUAUAACGAUCGAUUAGAUGAACGAAAUAAGCAUCCUCAACGUUUUAGUGCUCGGCCUACAUUAGCGGAAAGGUGUUUAAGAAAACCACUUAAACCAAAUACUAAUGUGACUGAUUGGUAUAAAAAUUCAUUUGAUGCUCGAUCACGUUCAGCUGCAUCAACGAACAAAAGCGGACAGUCUAGACAAUAUUCGGCAGAUAUUUCAACAAAAAAAAUUCCACUGAACCAAGACGACGGUUCUAUUCAUGUAAAUGAUGACACACCGUAUAAAGAAUUAACAGUUCACCAACAUUCUGUGCCACUGGAUGAUCUCCUUCAACCAGAGUCCAACACUUGA